AUGGCCAACAGAAGACUGACCCAGCUUCUCAAGGAGCUUGACGCUCCUCCUGCACCGAUCGGCACCCUCAAGCUCGGCGAUAUAUCAUACGAUGUUCCUGCCUCGCGCGUGCCUUCGCGUCUUCCGCAUUCUACCGACAUCCUACUAGACGUGCAGGAUACCUUCAAUCUAGACAACUUGCAUUUUAUACUGCAGAAGUAUCUGCUAGGGCAGGACGUUUUUCUGCUGUCUCAGCCCGGUCCGUACGCACGGCGACUCGCACUAACGUUUUGCAGCUUAAUAAAUUCGGAAUAUGAGUAUGUUGCGCUACAUCGAGACGUCGGCGAGACGGAGCUCAAGCAAGGCCGGGAGAUUAGAGCCGGUGGUAACCUUGUCUACGUAGAUAGUGCAGCCGUGCGAGCUGUCAAGCACGGCCGUAUCUUGAUCAUAGAAGGAAUAGAGAAGGCCGAGCGAGGAAUCAUGCCGGUCCUAAAUAACCUGCUAGAGAAUCGUGAGAUGAAUCUGGACGACGGCACGCAUAUAAUCCACCCACAUCGCUACGCUCUCCUCGACUCCUCUAUUCAAGAUCCUGCGUCCGGAAAGCUCUUCAUCCCAGCCCACAAAAACUUUCGCGUCAUCGCCAUCGCCGCGCCUGUCCCGCCAUACCCCGGCUACCCCCUCGACCCACCCUUCCGGAGUCGUUUCCAAGCCCGCUUCAUCGACCCCGUCGGCGCCCUGCUCGCCCUCUCCCCUCCCGUUCCUUCCGCUCCACACCCGCUCUUCGCCAAACUGCGCGACCUCAUCGUCUCGACACAGUACGCGAGCGAGGCCCGCCACGCGCUCGACACCGCCGCCAAGUCUGUGCUUCCGGCGUUCCCGCAGACCGCGGUCGCCAAGCUGCGCAGGUUGCUUGAGGUGUUCCCGCCCCCUGCGCAUGGCCUCACCCCGGAGCAGCUCGCGCGCCUCAUACUAACGAUCCAUCCCGCGCUGAUUCACGCGCCGUUUGUGGCGUGGGCGAUGCUUGCGCGGCAGCUCGAGGACGCGGGCAUCGGCGCGCUGGGCAGCCCGUCGCUCAGCGGGAACGGCGACAACCUCGGCCUCUUGGGCUAUCGCCUCUCGCACAUCGAGCGGAUCUCGGAGCGCACUGCACGCAUCACGUUCUCGGGCACCGCGCGCGCGUCCUCUGUGUCUGUCGAAGUGCCCGCCGGCCCGAAAUCGCUGCUCGCGUACCCCUUCGUGGACGUGGAGGGCCUGGGGUUCCUCCUGACGGAACGUUUCGUGGGGCUGUUCACGGCGCUGCUGCAGGCGCACGCGCUCGGCUGGGACGUCGCAUAUGUGCCGCCCGCGCUCCCCUCCACUGCGUCCUGUUCGACGACAACGCUCGUGCGUACGUUCGCGGCGGUGUUGGGGUACGAGUUGGAGGACUACCAUAUGUACAAGGAAUUGGGAGGGCGAGAGCUGCUUAUGCGCAGGAGGAUCGAGGAUGGGGGCGCGACAAGCUGGGAACCGAGUCCGCUCAUUGAGGGAGUCUGGGCUGGGAGAUUGGUCCAUUUGUCUGGGAUAGAUGUUAUUGGCUCGACGGCGGGAUCGCUGGCGAGGCUCAUGCAGGACAGGGAGACAGAGCUAUGGGAGGGGAAACGGAUCGUGUGGCAGGCAUCAGAGGAAGAGCAAACCAAACACGGCCUCUCCGUCGCUCAUCCCUCCUUCCGCAUCAUUAGCACAGCCUCUCGCUCCGUCCCUCUCAAAGACUGGCUCUCAGACGAACAGGCGAACAUGUUCUUCCCCAUCGCUGCACAGCCCAUGUCGCGCACCGAGGAAGCUAUGGUGCUCGCGCAGACGGGAUGUCCCCCGCACAUCGCAGAUGCACUGCUGAGCUUCGCAGAACGCUAUCGUGCGAGCAUGACGUCCGACACGGUGCAAAAGAAUCGCAAACUCGGAACAAGGGCGCUCGUGAGGAUCGCGAGGCGCGUGGCGAGGUUCCCGGGGGACGACGAUUUGUAUGCGCUGUUGAGUCGGGCGAUCCUCGCGGACUUUUUGCCGACGACGGAAUUGAUGAACCUUGAGGAGCUGUUUGCGGAGGCGGGCAUCAAGAAGCGCACGCCUGCGUAUAACCCGCCACCCGUCUUACAAGACGGCGGGUUGUUCUUUCCGGAGCCGAGUGAUCCCAACGCGCACGAUCUGCAGCCGACGUUCAUCCCUGCGUUCGAUCGCGCACAGGAUCCAGAGGGCGUGGCGUCGCAUGUUCCGUAUAUGGACCACUUCUAUGACAAUAGCUUGCAGACUGGGUUGAUGCGCGAUAUGGCUGUUGAUCUGGAAAUCUUGGGAGAACAUCUUGUUCUUUUGGGCAACCAGGGUGUGGGAAAGAACAAAAUCAUAGACCGGUGCGUUUGUCGUUGCCUUCUCAAUCGUCCGAGAGAAUACAUUCAAUUACACCGCGACACCACCGUGAACCAGCUCAUGUUCCAGACAGUCCUGGAGAACGGGCUGAUAAAGUACACCGAUUCUCCUCUUCUCCGCGCAAUCGUAAUGGGCCGCGUCAUCGUGGUCGACGAAGCAGACAAAGCAGCGGAGCACGUCGUUGCGAUCUUCCGCAGUCUGGCGGGACACGGGCAGCUGACGCUAGCAGAUGGGCGGCGCGUCCGUCGAGAGAAGGAGCGAGAAGGAGACCUCGUGGUUCAUCCAAACUUCAGACUGAUACUGUUGGCGAACAGACCUGGAUAUCCGUUCUUGGGAAACCACUUCCUGCAGGUUCUUGGAGACAACUUUAGCUGUCAUGCAGUUAACAAUCCGGACAUGAACAGCGAGAGGAAGCUCUUGUCACAGCUUGCGCCAGACAUGGACGAGGAUAUGAUUCUGCGACUUGUAGCUGCUUUCCAGGACUUGCGCCGAGCGUACGAGAGUGGGUCCCUGACGUAUCCUUACUCCCUGCGAGAGCUUAUCAACAUCGUCCGCCAUAUGCAGAAAUAUCCAUUGGAUUCUCUCGAGGCUACCCUCCGGAAUGUGUUCGAUUUCGACGUAUACAAGCCGGAAACGAUCGACAAGCUCGCUGAGGUCUUGGACCACCACGGGCUGGCUGUGAAACGCCUGGAUCUCGAUGCCGCAAGAGAGGCAUCGCGCAAGAAAGUGCUCGAUAUCAAGUUUGAGCCCAAGGGAGAUACGGAUUUGUCGAGCCCGAAGGUGGGCGAGGUUGACCCCCAGAAUAAGGCCCACACUGGUGGGAAUCGAUGGGCGGGUGGCACAGGUGGACGGGAUACUGCGGGUCUCGGAGGACGAGGCGGGUAUAUGCGCUUGUUCAAGGGGCACGAUAUCAAUCAAGUUUCGGAUGAGCUGAAGCAAGACGUGCCCGAGCACAUCAAAGAACAAGCACGAGAAAUGGCGCGCCAGGAGCUUGCGCGUAGGCUUGAGGAGCUCGAUAUGAGCCCCGGAGAGGCCAAGGGAUAUGGUGCCCUCCUAACCGCUGUUGAAGCUCAUAUCUCACAGCUUCAUGAUCUGCUGGAAAAUCUGGCAGCGAAGGAGGAAGAGCGUGUCUGGGUUAAACGCCAGACCGACGGGGAGCUUGACGAUAGCCGCCUGACUGAAGGCUUGACUGGCGAGGCAACAGUUUAUAAGCGGCGUAGCAUGGCGAAGCCUGAGCUGGGUCGCCCGCAGAUCAAGCCCAAACGAAUCAGAUUUGUCUUCGACAUCAGUGCAUCAAUGUGUCGUUUCCAAUAUGAUGGUCGCCUGCAAAGAAGCAUGGAAACAGCGGUCAUGUUGAUGGAGACUUUCAAUCGUCUGACGAGGAAGGACAAAUAUGUGUGGGACAUCUAUGGUCACUCUGGCGAUUCUGCCGUUAUUCCCUUGGUAGAAUCUGAUAAUCUUCCUACUGAACUGAAAGACCGUUGGAAGGUGAUAGAGAAGAUGGAAUUGGUGUCUCAAUAUGCAUUUGCCGGCGAUUACACAGUGGAAGCAAUUGACAAAGCGGUGAACGAGGUCGCCAAGUUCGACGCUGCAGAUGAUUGGUUCGUUAUCACGAUUACGGACGCAAACUUCGGCCGCUAUGGCAUCACCGCAGAAGAGGUGCACAAGGUCAUGACUCGUCAACCGAAGGUCAACACUGCUCUGAUCUGCAUUGGCGAAGGCGCCGAAGCUGUGUGGGUCCCCAAGAAGCUACAGGGUCGCGGCUUUCGGGUUUCUAACACAACUGAUAUUCCGGCUGUAUUGAGAAGUAUUCUCACUACAAUGGUUGACCGGGGCUGA